UUUCGGCAGCCGUCGGUUACAAAAAGGUGCCCGCUUCCAGGGAGACAAAAACACUGGAGAUUGGUUCUACGAGGAGGAUGUGAGAGGCUAAGCUAUCGCAGCAGGGAAGCAUGAGAGAGAAGAGGGGCGGAAUCAUGGUGAAAGCCCCCCGGUGUUUGCACGAUGGAUGGCGCAAGGAAGGAGAGCUCGGCAGACGGCUCUAGAGCCGUCCCGUGUCCAGGUCACCCAGAAACGGAUGCCUCCAACCUCCUAUGGAAACACAAAGACUGCUUCUCCUCAAAUGAGACGACUUCCCCUCAUCAGAAAAACCAAAACAACGCCUACAUGGACAACCGAAAGGCUGUGCUGGACCUGAAGGAUGUCCCCCCGCCGCCGCCUCCUCCUCAUUAUCCGUCCACGUCCCAGUUUUCCCAGCCCUUUCCUUUGACACCUCUGCCUUUGCCUCCCGUCUGCUUCCCGCCUUCCCUGCAGCCGACACAAGACUCACACCAACAGUAUCUGUCGUCAAAACAGCAGCAAGGCGGUCCUGGUCCCAAAGUAAGCGUUUGCACCCACUGUGACUACUGCAGCACGGGCGGCUAUGGCUUGGUGGACGGCAGGGGCGACGCUGGUGGCGGCAUCUGCACACCUCGGGCCGCGCCGAGCUCUCUGGGAGCGCCGGUCGGCAGAUCAGAGCCGUGCGCCGUAGCCUCGUCCGUUCAUCGCUAUAGUAACCUAAGCCGCGACGGCGGGAGCGGCGCGCCUGAUCCCCCGCUCCCUCUUGGUUGCAAACCUCCGCCGCCGUCUUCCGUGGCUACUUCUCAGCCUCUUUCCCUGCACCCUUACUUCCCCUGCUGCCCAGGACUCCUCCAGCCCUGCUCGGCAGCGUUACCGCUUCAGACCGGCACCUUUCCCGCUCCCGCACCCCCGUCCUCCUCCGUCGCCUCUCCGCCCGCUCCGGCGCCGGCGUCCUGUCUGGUCUCCUCCGGGUUUUACACGUGCGGCGUGGACUGCAACGCGUCGAGCAGAGCGUUCCAGAGAGCGGCACUCGGCGAGCACCCGGGCAGCACCACCGUUACCGCUUCUACCACCUCGGCACUUUUCCCCUCUAAUCUCACGGGUUGUCGCGACGGGGCACUCUUCUGCCACGAGUGCAUGUUAAAGCCAAAGACUGGUCUGACGUCUGAGUCCAAGUUGUGGCCCGACGUUCCCGCGCCUCCAGCUGCUUCCAUCCCCGUUCCCGUUUGUAAUGGCUGUGGCACGUCCUCUGAUGGCACGAUGCUCAUGCCGUCCCCCAGCCGUGGCAAGAUUGGCUAUAAAUACGGUGCAGAGCUUGGCGGUCCUGAGAAUAUCCCUCCCGUCGGCGUCUUCUGGGACAUCGAGAACUGCAGCGUGCCCAGCGGACGCUCCGCUGAAGCAGUGGUGCAGCGGAUUCGCAGCAGGUUCUUCCAGGGACACCGCGAGGCCGAGUUCAUCUGCGUCUGUGAUAUCAGCAAGGAGAGUAAAGCCGUUAUCCAAGAGCUCAACAACUGCCAGGUUACCGUCGCUCAUAUCAACGCCACAGCAAAGAAUGCUGCCGAUGACAAACUUCGCCAGAGCCUGAGGCGAUUUGCAGAUACCCACGCUGCACCGGCGACCGUCAUACUGGUCUCCUCGGACGUGAACUUUGCCAGCGAGCUGAGUGACCUGCGCCAUCGCCACGGCUUCCAGGUGAUCCUCAUCCACGGCAACCACACGUCCUCGACUCUGCUGCAGCAGGCCCACCGCCACGUGUCCUUUCAGGAAAUCACAGCCGACCUGCCGCAGCGCGUGCUUGUCAAAUCGCAGCCCAGUUUCAGCCUCCUCUAUGUGCGCAACCUCCCCAACAUCUGUGACAAGACCCUGCAGAACGCCGUGAGGCUCAGGCUUCGCCGCCUGUCAGACAACUGCGGGGGCAAAGUGCAGAGCAUGUCCCCUGGCGCCGCGGUCCUCCGCUUUGGCAGCGCCGAGGCAGCCGCGCGGGCCCGCAAACGGAUGGACAAGGAGGACGUGUUUGGCAGCAGAAUCAGCCUCUCUUUCUCGCCGAGGCCCAGGGACGAGGCCGGUCCCGAGGCGCCGCUUCAGGCCAAAGGCCGGCCCUUCCAAACCAAGGUGUCUGUGCUCGCCCCUUUCCCGACCAUAUCCUCCUCCUCCUCCUCCUCCUCCUUUCUGCCCCUGGAGAAGCCCAGGUCGCCCAGGAGGCCACGGCGAGCCAGCCGGCCCCUUCCCACCUCUGGCCUGGUGCCCGAGAGGCCCUACAGCCCCAGGAGGGGCUCCAGUGGGCCUCCCGGCGGCGCUCCUGCCAAACCGCAUCAGGAUGUGGUUAACACGGAGACCAGGACCAGGGUGGGCCUGCCGCAGCAGUGCAGGGGCCGGGCUGCCUCCUCAUCACCCCACAGAAACGGGACCGGAGCCCCGGAGGAGCAGACCAAGGUCGGCCUGACGGGAGAACCCGUCCAUCGGAGAGAGAACUCCAGCCCCCGGAGUGUAACCGGAUCGCCCGUGGCGCAGAGGGACCGGGGCUUCAGCGAGUUCACCAUCAGCACACCCUCCGCCUUCAACAAGCUGAGUCUGAACAGGAGCUUCAGCCCCCUCGUCCCGUCUCAGGGGUCCUGGUCCUCCCGGAGCGUGUCCCCCUGCCUGUCCAGCCGCUCCUCCCCUCUGCUUACAACCGCCCGCGACUUUUGCCCCGAGGGUCCGUCUGAGCCGUUCUCAGAGGGGGCUGAGCUCCAGGUGGCCAACCUGGACUACAGGAUGUCCCGCAAGGAUCUGCAGCAGAUGCUGCAUGACGCCUUCUCCCGAUACGGACAGGUAAAAGUCGUGGAUCUGAGCCCCCACACGGAUUAUCAGCUGAAGGCCACGGUUCAGAUGGCGUCCCUGCAGCAAGCCAUCGGCGCCGUCAGCGGCCUGCACCGCUACAAGAUCGGAAGCAAGCGCGUCCAGGUCUCUCUGGUCACCGGCGGCAACAACAAGUCUCUCUCUUUGCUCAGCACAGAGAUCAUUUGCAUCCUGCAGGACGCUCCCGCUAACUGCCUCCCCCUGUUCAAACUUGCCGAGAUCUACGAGAAGAAGCACUGUCGCAGACUGGCCGUCGGAGACCUGUACAAGUUGUCGGAUGUGCUGUCUGUGCGGGAGCAGGGGGGCUCCAGGCUGGCGUGCCUCCUUCCCAACGUCCAGGUCCGCCAGAGUCCGCUGGGAUCCUCCCAGUCGCAGGAAGGCUCCUCGUCUGCCAGCGGGAGUCCUGUCGUCUUUGAGGAGCUGGAGUACCACGAGCCUGUUUGCAGACAGCAUUACGCUAAGCAGGACUUCAGCGAGGCCGACUUUGACCCUGAAUCCUACAAAGCCCCCUUUGUGGUGAUAUCGCUGAGCCGCUUGGCCUCUGAAGUCCACAGUCUGUUGCAGAUGCAUGACGGCACCCUUCCGCUGCUCAGUUUUCCAGACUGCUACGCAGCAAAGUUUUGCCCUCUGCACGUUAGCAGCGAGAUGCUUGAGGACGGUGUUCCUCUGGAGCAUUUGAUCACCUGCAUUCCCAGCGUCACCAUCGUCACGGCUCAGAACGGCUUCAAAGUCAUCAAGUGGGUCCACAACAAACCCCCUUCACAAAACUCCGAGCCAUGGAUUCAGCGGUGCAAGAGUCCCGUCGGCAAUCCGCAGCUCAUCCAGUUCAGCAGAGAGAUCAUCGACCUGCUGAAGAGUCAGCCGUCCUGCCUCAUGCCAAUCAGCAAAUUCAUUCCUUCCUAUCACCACCACUUUGCCAAGCAGUGCCGCGUCUCCGACUACGGCUUCUCCAAGCUGCUGGAGCUCCUGGAAGCUGUCCCACAUGUCCUGCAGAUAAUAGGAAUGGGCACCAAACGUUUACUGACCCUAACCCACCGAGCUCAAGUGAAGCGCUUCACGCAAGACCUUCUAAAAUUGCUCAAGUUCCAAGCUAGUAAACAGGUGGCCAUCAGGGACUUUAUGCAGGCGUAUCAUUGGUGCUUCUCCAGAGACUGGAGGGUAACGGACUAUGGCGUAUGUGACCUGAUGGACCUGCUGGCCGAGAUCCCAGACACCACCAUCACCAUCACUAACCAGACCACAGACACCGUCAUCUCUGUCCCUAAGAGAGAGCGUACGGUGGAGGAAAUGGAGCGAACAAAGCAGUUUGGGAAGGAGGUGGUGGACCUCCUCCGUCAUCAGCCACACUGCCGAAUGCCGUUCAGUAAAUUCAUUCCCACCUACCACCACCACUUCGGCCGGCAGUGCAAGCUCAGCUACUACGGCUUCACCAAGCUGAUGGAGCUCUUUGAGGCAAUCCCAGACAUUGUGAUGGUGCUGGAAUGCGGUGAGGAGAAAGUGCUGAUUUUAACGGAGGUGGAGCGUAUCAAAGCUCUGGCAGCCCAGCUGGUGAAGCUCCUGCGGGCUCAGAAGAACCUCAGCCUUCCUGUCAGCCAGCUGCUCCCCGAGUACAGCAAGACCUUCGGGUACGGCAUUCGCCUGCAGGACUACGACGCGGCGGCGCUGCCUGCUCUGCUGGCCAAACUCUGCCAUGUUGUCAAGGUGGUGGACGGCGCCGACGGGCGGGAAGUGCAGCUGAUCAACAGGAAGUCUCUGCGGCUGCUGACCACCCAGCUGCUGGCUCUGCUCAUGUCCCAAGGAGGCCGUCAGGUGGCGACGGGCGUGAAGGUGGAGGAGCUGAGCCGGCUCUACCUCAACGUUCACGGGGCCCAGCUUAACCCGUGCGAAUACGGGUUUCUGUCUCUGAGCGAGCUGCUGAAGAGCCUGCCCUAUCUGGUGGAGUUGUACUUUGAAGGAAGCGGUGAAGAUGGUAAAGACUCCGGCGGCAGCCAGGGGGUUGAGUGGGUGAGGCUAACCAGGCUGUACCAGUUUGCGGGUAACGUGCGGGCGCUGCUCCACACCUACCACUACAACCAGAUCUUCCUGACCGAGUUCCAGGGGGCUUACAGCAAGUUCACAGGCUGCAGCCUCGACCCUCGCUUUUAUGGCUACGUCACCACCGACGAGCUGCUCAGCGCUAUCCCACAGGUGGUCUGGAUCAAAGGGCAUGGUCAUAAGAAGAUUAUUGUUUUGAAGAACGAUAUGAAAGCCAAGCCGAGCUGUUCGGUGCCCAGCAGCCCCCAGCCAGGAGAAAUGCAGGAGAGUCCGAGGGACAGCCCCGUCAGCAGCACCACAUCAGGAACACAAAGUCCAGGUUGCGAGGUCGACUCCGAGCUGCUCCGUCUGACGUCGCCCGUCGACCUGCUGUGCGGUCCGGUACCAUCCUGCCUGCCGUCGCCUCAGCUCCGUCCUGACCCGGUUCUCCUACAGCAGAUGGACCUGAUUGACUUUGAGAAAACUCCGCCUCCACAGCUUCCAACGGAGCCGGACUCUGCAGAGGAGGCGGCGGCAGCAGACGGCGAGCAGCCUGGAGGUACAGACGGUUCACCUCCAGCCCCCGACGGGAAGAUCGCCUUGUCCACGGACAGUCCCGGCAGGAGAGCUUCCCGCAGCCGAUUUAAACUGGCCGCCAACUUCUCCUUCACCGCAGGGCUCUGAUCCACUCGUCUGCUUACGUUUCACCUCGACAGCGCUGACCCGUGUAACUCUAAACGGAAGAGUUGACCAGCUCAUUGACGUCUGUGUUCCCUUCCACUCAGCGAGCCAUCUUCUUGGUUCAUGAUGUUUGUUCAUGUCCUCCUAACACUGAUCUUCUGUUUUUUGCAGAUUUUCUGCAAUUCUUUGAUUUGCAAACCAACCGACUGUAUCCUAGUUUUCAUCCCAGGAGCAGGUGAUUUCAAAGGGCAAUCCUCAGUUUUGAGCCGUAGCUGACGUGUCGAGAAACUCGGGGGGGGAGUUAUAAAACCUGAGUUAGUUUUCACUGUAGUUUUCAGUUUGUAAAACUGACAUGUGGACGGUUUUCUACUAAGAUUUGUCGGCGAAAACACUCAAAGUUACUUCUUUUCCUCUCUGCCGGAGACAGAAACUUUCAUUUGAAACCCCCUAAUUUCAACCUUUGGCGAGGUCUUGGUUGGUCAUAACGGUUUAGAACGAGCAAUCCAGCUAAAUGAGUUGCUGUCUGUUGAAUUCUCUCUGAUUUUUCUCCGUGUUUACCAGCAGCUUUGCCUCCAGCCUUUUUUUUUUUUUUAAAGCCGUGCUUCUGCUGGUGUGGUUUACACUGGAGCGGGUGGAGGGGGGAAAACGCGCAAGGUGUGCAUAACCGAGUUUAUGCAAGGCGUCUAACCCCAGGAGCCGAUGAAGAGAGGACCUCGUUUAAGAUCGGUCUUCGUUUUUUGUCCUCCUACCGUGAUUUCUGCCACCACCCAAGCAGCCGCCAUAUAAAGGUUUGUUGAGUUAACCUUUGCCGCUAAGUGGGCACUGAAUCAGUGGUGGAGGAUUGGGAGGACGGCACACAGUCCUGCCUGAGCGUUUGAUUUUUUUUAAUGGCACCAGUGAAUGAGUUUUAGAGGAAAGAGGGGGGGUGAGGAGCUGAUGGAUUUCAGAGUCCAGGGGCUCUGAGAAGCCUCCUGCGCAGACUGACUCUCUCCCAGAGGGGCCCUCCGCGGCGCUCUGGAACCCGCCGGGCUUUUACAAUGGCUUGUAUUCGCCGCGGCGCCGAAACACGACGCCAUCGCUCCUCCCUCUGAGGCAGUAGUAGUUUUAACGUGCAAGAUGUGUGUUGAUCUCUCAGAUUUAUCUUUUCUUCUUCUUUUGGCUGCAGAAAUAUCUCCAGAUGUCGGCUACAUGCAAGGUUCAAAGCAGACGCAAAUGAAGUCAAAAGCUGCUGUUUGUGUUUCUUAUAAACCUUUUAGGGAAUGGGUCACAGCCCAUCUAAUGAGUUUGUUUACAUGGAGACAGGGUCUAGUUUUCUACUGUAGAUGUUUUUUUGUUUUUUGGUGUUAAUAUGCUGGCCCCUACCAUCCUGCACCAAUUAGAGUUUUUAAAUCUGUCACCUAUUACUCAUUACCUUUUUCUCUCAGUGUUUAAGUGACCAGCUCCCAGUUGAAUGAAUCAUCAGUUCAAAGUAAUGGUUUGAAACGAAAUGACCUAAAACGGAUCAGAGAAUGUCUAAAUGAAAAUGUAGCCAAAGGAUUUGGUUUCUUUGUUUGAACUACAGUGACAACUAACUUGUUUUUUUUGUUUUUUUUUAUUGAGUCCUCGCAUCAGUCGGAUCCCCCAGAACCCGCUGUGCCGGUUAAAAUAUGCACCUCUGCAUAGUUUUAGUUGCUGAAAUACACGCGUGAGGCGAGGGUUUAACCGAGGUCUUGACGCGUCGAGUUUCUCAGUUAUUCUCUGAAAGACUUCAGGAAAACUUUAUUCUUUCGACCCGUUUUCCUUGAAGCUUUACGUUGUUAUGAGUGUUUCGUUUACCUGUUCAACAGCUGUCUGAGUGAUUCGUUGUCUCUACAGUCGUCUGCCCCUUUGUUCAGUUUUUUUUUUUUUUGUUUUUUGUUUUUUUACUGCCUUGCUGCUCCUACGCUGGUGGCAACAGUCAAAUGAUGUUGAAGCGACCAAAAAGAAGCGAUUUAAUAAAAUUCACAAGCAUCUGUUUGGUU